AUGGGGCACAGGGCGAUCGACAGGUAUCGCGUCGAUCCCGCGCAGCAGUGCCGCCAGACAAUCCACAGCUGGUCGGGUCAUGUUGCUAGGCUGCCACCGGACGAGCCUGCCACUAGGGGUCUCCGCUGCCGCGGCAUGCAGUGGUGGAGGUGGCGGCAGGCGCAGCACGCAGCCACGAAAGACAAAUGGUCUGGGCCGCAUCCCCAGCGCUUCAAGAUCAGGCGCUGGGAAGAGCAGAUCUCGGAAGUCUACGGCGAAGGCUUCUCUGAGGACGUCUGCGCGAACACCGGCUGGCUCGCCAAGGCGCUCGACUGGGCGGGCUGGAAGAAGCUCGGUGUGAAGAACUGA